AUGCAAGCGGUGGCCGGAGGAGUGUUUGGCUGGACCUGCAGAGGAGGGGGUGGCCUGUGCUCGGAGGAGGCUAAGAAGGGUGGCCGGAGAGGAGGAGAAUGGGCGAGAGGGGUGAGGGACGGCCGUCUGGUGCACAGGAAGAAGAAGAAGAAGAAGAAGGAAAUGGAUUCUUUAAGGACAUUCGGCAUUGCUCUUCUUGUUCUUGCUAUGCAACAUAUGUUCUUCUGUCUCGUUCAACCAAGCAAUGUUUACAUUGUGUAUAUGGGUGCUACAGUUCUUGAUAAUCCCCAACUUACUGAGGACUCACACUAUAAGGUCCUCAUAAAAUUGCUUGGAAGCAAAGAAGAAGCCAUGAAAUCAAUGUUAUAUAGCUACAAGAAUGGGUUUUCAGGAUUUGCCGCAAUGUUAUCUGAGUCUCAAGCCAACAAUAUUUCAGGUUUUCCUCAAGUUCUUGAUGUAUUUUCGAGUAGAAAUUUUUCUGUCCACACAACUAGAAGUUGGGACUUUUUACAAGUAAAAUCCCAAGUAGCGAAUGGAAUACUUAAUAAGAGUCAUAAUGGAAGCGGGUCAAUUAUUGGCAUGCUUGAUACUGGAAUAUGGCCUGAAUCUGAAAGUUUCAAUGAUGGGGACAUGGGGCCGAUCCCAUCGCAUUGGAAAGGGAUAUGUCAAGAAGGCGAAAAAUUCAAUCUUUCCAAUUGUAAUAGAAAAAUUAUUGGCGCACGUUGGUACGUUAAAGGAUACGAAGCACAAUAUGGAAACGUGAAUUCAAGUGAUUGGGAUGAUCUUUUAUCUCCACGAGACCAAAAUGGGCAUGGCACUCAUGUAGCCUCUACUGCAGCAGGGGCUUUCGUACAAAAUGCAAGUUUUCUGGGACUUGCUCAAGGAUUGGCAAGAGGAGGUGCCCCAUCAGCGUGCCUAGCUAUUUAUAAAAUUUGCUGGACCAGUGAUGGCCAUUGCGCUGAAGCUGAUAUUCUUGCCGCUUUUGAUGAUGCUAUUUAUGAUGGAGUGGAUGUUCUUUCAGCAUCUUUUGGAUCACCAGUCCCACUUGCACCUUAUUUUGCAUAUGCUGUGUCUAUCGGCUCCUUUCACGCUGCAGCAAAAGGAAUUUCUGUAGUCUGCGCCGCUGGGAAUGACGGCCCUUUCGCUCAAACAGUUCAGAAUACUGCUCCGUGGCUCAUCAGUGUUGCUGCUAGCACCAUUGAUAGAUCUUUCCCCACUCCCAUCACACUCGGGAACAACCAAACGUUUGUGGGCCAAGCUUUAAAUACAAGGGAAAAUGUGACCAAGUUGUAUCCAUUUUGGUAUGGAGUAGAUCUUGCAUCAAUUGGCGCAAGUUAUGAUGCUGCCAAAAGUUGUCAAAUUGGCUCCUUGAAUGCCACACUAACAAGACGAAGGGUCGUUCUCUGUUUUCAAACUCAAUCUCAAAGUUCAGUGGGCAUUGCACAGUCGACUGUAUUUAGUGCUGGGGGAGUCGGUCUCAUCUUUGCCCAAGCACCCACAAAAGAAAUUGUACCAUCCGAUCAGAUUCCAGUUGUUCAAGUAGACAACACAAUAGGAACAUCUCUUUGGUUGUACUGGGUGGCAAGCAGCUAUCCUAAGGUCAAGAUUAGUCCUACAACAACAACAAUAGGGAAACAAAUCGCCCCUGAAGUAGCAAGCUUCUCUUCACGAGGACCUAAUUCUCUUUCUCCUGCUGUGUUGAAGCCUGACAUUGCUGCACCGGGAGUUGACAUAUUGGCUGCGUGGUCACCUUCUUCCCUUCCCUAUACAAACUUUAACGUUCUAUCUGGAACUUCUAUGGCUUGUCCUCAUAUAUCAGCCGUUGUUGCUCUUAUUAAAUCUAUUUAUCCCACUUGGAGCCCUGCUGCCAUCAAAUCUGCACUUGUCACAACAGCUUCCAUAAAGGAUGUAUAUGGUCAACACAUUGUCGCUGAAGGACUUCCAAGUAAGCGGGCCGAUCCAUUCGACUUUGGAGGUGGUGUUGUCAAUCCUAAUAAAGCCAUAGAUCCUGGUCUUGUGUUUGACAUGGAAACUUCUGACUAUGUCAAUUUUCUUUGCUCCAUGGGCUAUGAUGAAAGUGUUAUCAGUCAAAUGACUAGGAUGCACAUCCAAUGCAAUGGAACAACUAAUUUUUCUGAAAAUCUCAAUUUGCCCUCUAUUUCCGUUCCUGAACUAAAGACUUGCUUAACCAUAUCAAGGACAGCUACAAAUGUUGGUCCAGAAAAUUCUUGGUACAUUUCAUUUAUCGAAGCUCCCCCAGGAAUAAGUAUGAUAGUUGAACCGCCAAUUUUGCUCUUCAACGGCGCUUCAAAGAAGAUCAAUUUUAAGAUCACAUUAUGCUCCCAACUAAGAGUUCAAGGACGAUACUCAUUUGGAUAUAUAUAUUGGACUAAUCCCAAUCAUUUAGUGAGAAUGCCAAUAACCGUUCGUCCAAUAAUAGAAGAAUUUUAUGCAGAUGCAUGA